AUGCGAAGGAAGUUUGUUAUCUGGCUUGAAAGCAGUAUCUGUCCAUCUCUCCAAGGCGUCUUCUAUGCAGUCUUUGGCUGCGGUCACCAAGACUGGUCUAAAACAUUAUAUCGCAUCCCUAUCUUGAUCGACAAGCUGAUACAGAAGGCUGGAGCCACACGUCUAGUAACACGAGGCAAAGCCAACACCGCCGUCAGCGAUCUCUUCUCGGCUCUCGAAGCGUGGGAAGAAAACAUUCUGCUGCCUGUCAUCCGGGAGAAGUUCCUCCUUUCCAGAAGCAACGACGGUGAACUACUCGACCCGCAUCCGCUUCAACUAAGCCUCGGCAAGCCCAUGAGGGUGGGAAUGCACCCGGACAUUGUUGAGCCCAGCGUGACGGGUGUCCGGAUCCUCGGCAGCCCCGGAACCCCCAAAAACGUCAUGCGAUCAUCUGAAUGUCCUCCCGGUCAAUCCACCAAAGACGGUCUCGAGAGUCUUGGCUCGAUUCAACCGCGCCGGAUCACACUAUCACGAUCAAGUCAUUCAUCGCGUUCUAACAUCAACGCCCUCGCUUUUGCACAGUCAGAUCAAGACUCGCAAGAGCUGCUCCAUUUUCACGAUUCCUACCAUUCGCUAGUCCGAGAUAAGCGUGUCUCGGUCGUGGGCCUCCUUGAACAGUUUUCCUUGGCUGCUCUGCCCGUUGCCACAUUUAUCUCUGUGCUCCUAGCUUUGCUCGUCAGGCUAUACUCCCUUUCCAUGGCUCCCACGUUCAAGCCCCUGCACGGUUCGCUCACCUUCUCCGUCGCUAACGAGCUCGCAUGGAGCGGCAAUGGUCGGCACUUGGGUAUCGAUCAAAUUACCUCGCCUCGCUCACGCCAGGAUCCAGGAGCUACACAUUCCACCCCCCAGCGAAAGACGCUUUCCAUCUACCAAGGGAUCAUUCCAGCACACCAAUCAUCAUUCAUCGUGAUCUGUGCGGGGAGUGGCCUUUGCCCUUUCUACAGCUUUACCCAAGAACGCAUUGUCUGGCUGCAACAGGGCAAAGCACUCGCGAAGGCACUGCUGUUCUUCAGUUGUCGCGGUUCGAGCCUGGAUGAUCUUUAUUACGACGAAUUAUGCGAGUUUGAAUCUGCUGGCGUGGUGACCGUUCACAGAGCGUACAGGAGAGACCCGGAACAUCACCUGGUCAAGAGAUGUCUGUAUGUGACACAUCGGUUAGUGGUAGAAGCCCAGGCCAUCAAGAACCUCUGGGUUCAUUGCGACGAUCUAUGUCUGCGGGUCGAAGAAUGUGGCUAA